GCUUGCCACGAUCAUUUCAGUGAUUUCACCAAACCUCAUCAUAUCGUAAUAAUCAAACAUGGUGAUCUUGUCACCAUCAUCUAAGUCAUACUGUGAUCUCCACCACUUAGCAAACGGUCUCACGGGCUGCCGUGGUGGAUUGUUUUCGAUGUAUCAACAAACGCCUGCCCGCUUUGGAUCCCCCAGAAGAUUGUUCCGUUGAAGGGGGUCUUGGGGUGGACUUCCAAAUAGAAAAACAGUGUGAGGUCGAUCCGGAUACUGCGAAAACCGGAUCGAAGGCUUCUGAGACGGCGAAGAUGAUGUGCUCGCAGGUGCCGUGUUCCGUCUCAUGGAGCUCCCCUCGCCCGCUUCCCAGAGCCAUCCCAACUCUCCCGAGGCGCAGGAAUUUUUCGCCUUUCUGGUGUCGGUCUGUGCGGGUCUUAGCGCUAAAUGCUCAUUGUUUUUUGAGAUAUGAUAGAGGUGUGCUCAUAGCUUUCUUCACCGAAAAAAAGAAUGGCAAAUUUGACAUAUUUUGCAAGGAAAAUGGAAGGCCCUCACAGUAAAGAGAUCAGACAAUGUAGAGAUGCCUCCUUAUUCACAUGUCAUGGAUGCUAGAUCAGCUACUUCCGACUCAGUAGAUAGUUCUAACAAGGUCAUAUCCUGUGAGACUGAUAGGACAACAUGAAAUUGAUACCUAAUUUCAUCUUCUUUUGUAAUCAAGGGGUUCCAAAUUAGAAUCUUCUUGCAAUGCAUGCAAUUCUACUUCAUAUCCAGAUUGGCAUGCUUAAGUUGCAUGCAUUGGAUGAAAACUCUUCAGACAUUGCCAUCAUUUGGCAGUUCAAGUUUGCCAUUUGCUUGUGUGUCUAAUUCCAUCAAUAAACCUGUUCCACUUCAGUUGGAUGUAUCUUUUCCAUCAUUUCAAGAGAUCAAAUGGAGUAUCUCUCGAUUCUAUUAUUUAUUCAACAUGCAGCUUGAACGAAAUAUUGGCACGAGUAAGCAGCAAUCUUUAGAGGACUGCUUUUGGGAAGCUUGGGCAUGCCUUUGUUCAUCUUCUACUCACUUGAAACAAAAAACACGUGUUGAACGUGUUAUUGGACUUGUCCUUGCUAUCUGGGGGAUAUUAUUUUAUUCCCGCUUAUUAAGUACAAUGACAGAGCAAUUCAGAAAUAACAUGCAGAAGAUUAGAGAAGGAGCCCAAUUGCAGGUUAUGGAGAGUGAUCAUAUUAUCAUCUGUGGAGUAAACAGUCAUCUGAUGUUUAUACUGAAGCAGUUAAAUAAGUUUCAUGAGUCUGCAAUCCGCUUAGGUACUGCUACAGCAAGGAAGCAGAGGGUUCUUCUUCUGUCAGAUCUUCCUAGAAAACAUAUUGAGAAGCUUGGAGAUAGUGUGACCAGGGAUUUGAACCAUAUUGAUGUCCUUACCAAGAGAUGCACCUCUAUUAUCUAUGGUUUCAUUUGGAUCCAUCCUUGUAAGGGCAAUCCUCUCUACGCUUCUGUAUGCUGUUUGCCUUUUGCGGCUUUUGUAUACUUCACGAUUCUAGUGAGCAAGUCUGCUACCAUUAUUUGCUGCUGCAGCCUUAGCUUGACAAAAUCUUUUGAAAGAGCAGCGGCAAACAAAGCACGUUCCAUCAUUAUUUUGCCCGCAAAAAAUGACAGGUAUGAAGUUGAUACAGAUGCAUUUCUCUCAUUGUUAGCUCUGCAACCUCUUCCUAAAAUGUCAUCUAUCCCAACUAUUAUAGAGGCAUCUAACUCUAGCACCUGCGAACUUCUGAAAUCAAUCACAGGCUUGAAUGUGCAGCCAGUGGAGAUGGUAGCUUCUAAACUAUUUGUUCAGUGUUCUCGGCAAAAGGGUCUUCUCAAAAUCUACAGACACCUGCUUAAUUAUAGAAAAAAUGUGUUCAACCUUUAUAGCCUUCCAAAUCUGGUAGGAUUGAAGUACAAGCAUGUGAGACGUGGAAUCCUGGAGGCAGUAGUAUGCGGUAUCUUUAGAUCUGGAAAAGUAGAUUUCCACCCAAGUGAUGAUGAAGAGAUUAGACAUACAGACAAA